AAGUCCGUCGCGACGGCUCUAUUUCCCUCGUUCCCUAAAGUUUCGUGUUCUAGUGCUACAUCGAUAAAAUUAUUAACAUAAACAUUUCAACCAGUUUUUGUUGGUUACCAUGUUAUCAAAUGCCACCCCGUUCGUCGAGGUCAACGGUACCCUCAGGAGAUGAAACACUUAGUCCUAGCUCUGUAUAUGUUGUUACUUUUGUACCUACCCGUUGUGCCAUUUGCGAGCGGCCAGCGCUUAAAUCCACCCAGGAGUAGUUAUCAUUCCGAAGAUGAAGACGAUGACCAACCACUUGUACCAGAAGAGGAUCAUCGGGAAGAGAUCGUGCAAGCCAAUACUACAGAUGAAAAAGGCCUGUAUGUUGGUGCACCCUGCGAAUUUACUUGCAGCUCGAGGUUGCAGCAUGUCUACUGUAAUCCGAUCACCACCAUGUGCGAAUGUGAGAAAAAGUAUCCAGUCAAACUCAAUAAUCCAUAUUCAGGAUGUAGUAAACCUAAAAAGCUUGGAGAGCAAUGCUACUACCAUGAAGCAUGUGAGUACACAGACCAGCAUGCCUCAUGUAUCCAAAUCCACCACAACGCUCUCUGUCAGUGCCAAAACGGAUAUCAUUCUGUUGGAAUUCAAAAAUCGUCGAGAAAAAUCUUUUGCGCAAAAGAUGUGCAGGUAAUAUCGAAAGACUUUUCCACAUUUGCUGGGGUACUAUCAGGCAUCGCUAUAUUGUCAGGGCUGAUUUGUUUCGUGCUGCACUUAUUCAAUCAGAAUCUUUACGGAUCGGGACAUCGCAGGCAUCGUUUUGGAAAUGCUAAUCUAGCACCGCCAAUUUUAUUUUCUAGUGAUCCAGGCUCGCUACCCCUCCCAAUAUUGGAGCGUACCGGUGCCACGUCGCAAGCUUCGACGCGUCACACCGGAAGUUCGACAACGCGUCGCGCCAGCAGCAUCGCUACGUUGCACCGUUGCGGCGGAGGCGUGUCGACCGUGCCGCAGUCCCGAACAGGUUCGAGACGACCAAGCAUAGCGUCUAUCCAUAGCGCCAGCUCGUUGCGUAGCUACAGCGCCAGGCGCUACGAAAGAGAGAGGGAACAAAAAGAAGAGAGAGAAAUGCAAAGACGAAUUUCGAAAAUAAACUCAGCGUCUGUUGGUCGACUGCCACCGACGCCUAGUCCGCAUUCGACCGAUGAUUUGUUACCUACUUUAGAAGAGGAUAAACAACAGAUCGAAGUAACUUCGAUGGGUGGUUUUACCAAUACUUCCUAUGCUUUAUAAGAUAAUUCCUCCCUUAGCAACUAAAGAAGAUUCUACAACUAGUUUUCAAGAAGAAAAUUUACCUUCAACUUCCAAACAGUAUCCAUAGUGGCGUAUACUUCCCCAUGUUGUUUUUGGUGUAAAAAAGAUCUAACUACUAACAAUACAAAUACCAAAAUGUUCCUUCAAAAUGACCAUCAUAGGAAAUAUUGAAUGCUUCAAGUAUUGGUUCUUUUGUACGCCAAAUAUGUUGAUGUUAUCUAAUCAGAUGAGAAAAGACUUUUAAUAAAAGAAAACCUAGAUUUUAGUGAUUUUUUUAUACGCAUAUUGUAAUAUGUUUGCCUAAGACAUGCCUAAAAGUGUUGUGUUUAGAGAUUUAUUGCAAAAUGGUUCUUUUCUUUUAAAGAUACCUAAUUCAAACAAAUUUAAACUUAUCUCAGCUUUUAAAUAAUGUACCUACUAAUAUCAAUGCAACGAAAACAUUAGACCAGGCAAAUUUAAAAAAAAAAUUACGAUGAGUGUGAAGUUUUUGUUUGUUUAUUUGACGUUUAUUUUUUUGUUGAAAACGAUAGCGCACCGAUCAUAGAAUAGAAAUCUAAAAAUCCCAAAAAAAAGAGCAGAGAUUCGACCGAGCUCUUUUUUAAACCGCACGUGCGAAGACUGAAAUUUUCUUGGAAAUUUUUCAUUUUUCCGUGAUUAUUCCACUCAUGUGUUAGAAAUCCCAUAAGAUAAGUGACGAUUUUUAGAAUUACAGCGAAAAUUCCCAUUUCCGUUUGUUUAACUAGAGAGAAUUACAGCGAUAAUUCUCCCAUAUUAUUGUAUACAUGGUUGUCAUGCUAAUUUUUGAUACAAACAAACGGUUCCUGAUAGCAA